AUGACCGUUUCUGAUGGCCGGCCCUCGGCCAUUGACAGAAGGGAUUUCGAUGCGAAUCGACCUUUGCUCCAUGGCGUUGACGCAGAUGAUGAGGAUCGAGGCAGAUCGCGCCCAGAUUCCUGGCUCUCGGCCUUCCCGAGUCUCAACGACGGCACCGACGGACUGCUUACCAACGUGGUUGAUGAGAUAGUUGAGAGGGACCGGCGGAAGAUGGCGAAGGAGGUGAUACGCGUGUGCAGCUUCAUAUUGGGGGUCGUCAGCUGUCUUGGAGCUGGGAGUAUCACCGCCUUCUCUCUGUACGGACCUCUGUUUCUCACUCGACUCCAUUAUACCCAGCUCCGUGUGAAUGCUGUCUCGAUUGCGGCAGAGGUUUCAAUGUACCUCCCCGUUCCGUUGUUCGGAUACCUCUGUGAUCGGUACACGCCAUCUCCGCUGGCCUUGGCCUCGGGUCUCGUGUUUGGCAGUGGGUAUCUGCUCGCAGCGUUUACGUACAGGAGUGGCCCACCGCCUGAUGCGGGAGGUGAUGGGUGGCCGUUCUGGGCGAUGAUUGUCGCGUUUGUCGCUAUUGGAACUGCCACAAGCUGUAUGUACCUCGCUGCGGUGACGACGUGCGCGAAGAAUUUUGGUCGGGGCAAGCACAAGGGCAUUAUGCUCGCUGUUCCCAUUGCCGGCUUUGGUCUAAGUGGUAUGUGGCAGAGUCAGGUGGGGACUUACCUACUGUGUGAACGUAGAGACGAUGGGAGCCGUGGAGAUGUAGAUGUCUUCCGGUACUUUGUGUUUCUUGCCUUGUUCCUGACUUGUCUCGGGGUCAUUGGUACCUUUGGCCUAAGGAUAGUCGACGAGGAUGAGGAGAAGUACAUCGAUGAAGCGGUCGAGGAGCUUGAACGGAGUGGACUCCUGGAGGAGAGCGAAUUCUUCCGACCCCGAAGCGAGGUGCAGGCUGCCUAUGGGACAUUCUCCCAGUCAAUUGACGGUGCAGUGACGGAAGCAGAUCUGACAUUGACUCUUUCCGAAGAAGAGCGACAGGCAGCACAGCUGGAAAAGGAAAGGGAAGAGGAGGAACGUAGGAAGAAGAAUUGGUUGCUGAACUAUGAAACUCGACUCUUCCUCCAGGACCACACUAUGUGGUGGCUGGCCCUGGGCUUCUUCCUGGUCACUGGUCCGGGAGAAGCAUACAUCAACAACCUGGGCACAAUUAUUCAAACAUUAACGCCUGAAUCAUAUCCUCCGAAUGCUCCUCCUCCAGCAGGUCUCCCCUCGACCCACGUCACCACAAUAGCACUUACAUCGACUAUCGCCCGACUGCUAACGGGAUCUCUUUCUGACUUUUUCGCACCCCGUGCUACUCACCUGUUUCCAGCGAACAUUGAAACCGGCCGUCCAUCGUCAUCCUCCAGCUCCGUCGUUGGCCGGCCCACUCUCUCACGGUUGAUGUUUCUUCUCCCAUCUGCCCUCCUACUAUCACUAGGCUAUCUCCUUCUCUCCUCCCCUCUACCCCUUCAACACCCCGGACUCUCCCACAUCACGUCUGCCCUAAUCGGCCUCGGCUAUGGUAGUGCCUUCUCUCUGGUCCCCAUAAUUGUCUCGGUCGUCUGGGGCGUGGAGAACUUCGGCACGAACUGGGGUAUCGUCGCCAUGGUCCCUGCCGCUGGCGCCACGAUGUGGGGUGUCAUCUACUCCCGUGGAUACCAGGACGCCACGGACGGAGGCAACGGCUCAAUUGAUGGCCAGUGCCAUGGUUGGCAAUGCUAUGGGUUCUGGGCCGUUGGAUGCACCCUCAGUGUGUGGGUGGCCAUGAUUGCAUGGGUAUUGGCGUGGAGAGGCUGGAGGCGCAGCGGUGUCGUUGUUUGA